AUGUCUGACAAAACAGAGGAAGCGUGUGCCACCACUGUCGAAACGGCCCAACCGCAGCCGAACCAUGCGAGACGCGGCGCCCACAUCGACGACGAAGGGGCCCUCGUCACUGACGAGGCUGGAUAUGUGACCGAAGCCGACGCCUUGCCCCGGAGCUACUAUCGCAGCAAGUUUUUCAUUGGAACCUUUGCCGCGCUGGGCACCGGACUCAUGGCAGGCACCGGGGCAUUUGGGUAUUCUGCCCCCAUCCUCACCACCAUCAACCAAGACAUCGGACCAGAUCCCAACUACAUUUGGAUCUCCUACGUCUACAACACCUGCCUCGCCGUCACGCUGCCUGUGCUGGGCCAACUGUCCGACAUCUUUGGACGACGAUACUUCUAUAUCGGUGGCGCAGGACUGGGAAUCGUGGGAUCCAUCGUCUGCUCUCAGGCACACAACAUCCCCGUGCUGAUUGGGGGCAACGUGCUCCUGGGGAUCGCCUCCGCCACGCAACUCUCCUAUCACUAUGUGCUGGGCGAGCUGUUGCCGACAAAGUACCGCUACUUCGGCGUUGGUACGCUGUACAUGUGCUCCUACGCCGGCUCAGGAUUCUCCCCGGCGAUUGCCAACGCUUUCAUCCUCGGAUAUCCCAACGUUGGCUGGCGCGGCAUAUACUACCUCCUGUUCGCACUGAACGCGACCUCAUGUGCCCUGUGGACCACCUUCUACUUCCCUCCCAACUUCCGACAAAAACACGGACGUGGGUCCAAGCUCUACUGGAUCAAACAUUUCGACUACCUCGGCCUGUUCCUCCUCGUGGGCGGGUUUGUCGUCUUCCUGUUCGGCAUCUCCGUCGGCGGCACCCAGUAUCCUUGGAAUUCUGCACCACCCAUUGUCAUGAUCCUUCUUGGGUUUUUGACGCUGGUCGCGCUUGGGCUGUGGUCGGUGUAUUUCCCCAAGCGAGAGUCGGUCAUUCCUUACCAGCAUUUCACCAAUUUUGGCUGGCUUGCGUGCGUGAUGGUGGGUGGGUUCGCCGCCACCGUUUACUAUGCCGGCGCCAUUCUCUGGCCGAUGCAGGUGUACAGCCUCUACGCCGAAGGAGACCUCACCUAUGGCGGAUAUCUGUCUUCUAUGCCGGGCCUUGGUCAGAUCACGGGCGGAGUGGUGUUCGGCUGGCUGGUCCAGAAGAUAGGCUGGCAGAAAUACCAGGUCGUGGGCUCCUUUUUCGCCGGUAGCGCAUUUACAACGAGUCUCGCGGCGGUCACAUUGAACAACAAAGUUGCCAUGGCGGUUUGCGUAUUUGUGGGCAACCUGUUUCUUGGAUGGGCCGAGAUUGUCUGCCUCCUGAAUGCCACCAUCUUGAUCAAAGACCAGCGAGAGAUCGGCUCUGCAGGUGGCCUAGCCGUCGCCAUUCGUACUGCCAUCUCGGCCAUCGGCACUGUGGUGUUCAGCACCGUGUUGACGAAUCGGCUGACAAGUACGGUCCCGAACAUGGUAGGACCCGCCGUCGUUGACGCCGGCCUCCCCCAAUCGAGUGUUCCGGCAUUUCUCCAGGCUCUUCAAGUCGGCACCGCCGAAGCAUUUUCCAAAGUUCCAGGCGUUACCCAGAGUAUCAUUGCGGACGGGGUCCUGGCUAACAAAGAGGCAUAUGUGGCAUCAUUUCGAACCGUAUACCUCGUCAGCAUCACGUUUGCGGGACUGGGAGUAAUCUUGUCGCUCUUCACGCCGAACAUGAAGUGGUAUCUGAAUGACAAAGUGGCCUCUGUCCUGCAGGCAGAUCAGCUUGGGAAGGUGGACGUGGAGACGGCCCCAAUCGGCGGCGUAAAUGGAAGGACGGAAGAACCUUCCAAGCAUGAGCAAUGA